CGGGUGGGGAGGGCCGGGGCCGGGGAGCGCGGCGGUGGCGAAGGAGGAAGAGAGCGGCGGGAGGAGCUGAGCCCGGGGCCUCCCUGAGCCGCGGCCGUCGCGGAGUGCGCCGCGCGCGGCCCCAACAUGGACGAAGAAGGCGGCGGAGGUGGCGUGCCUGAUGACCUCUCCAUAGAAGAAAGAGAAGAACUUAUAAAUAUUCGUCGCAGGAAAAAAGAACUGAUUGAUGAUAUUGAGAGAUUAAAAUUUGAAAUAGCGGAGGUUAUGACAGAAAUUGAUAAUCUGACUAGUGUGGAAGAAAGCAAAACGACACAGAGAAAUAAGCAAAUAGCCAUGGGAAGGAAGAAAUUCAACAUGGACCCUAAGAAGGGAAUACAGUUUCUGAUAGAAAACGACCUCUUGCAGAACACUGCAGAAGACAUUGCACAGUUCCUUUACAAAGGAGAAGGAUUAAAUAAAACGGUAAUCGGCGAUUACCUCGGUGAAAGAGAUGAAUUUAAUAUUAAAGUUCUUCAGGCUUUUGUUGAACUCCAUGAGUUUGCUGAUCUCAAUCUUGUACAAGCCUUACGGCAGUUUCUGUGGAGCUUCAGACUCCCAGGAGAGGCUCAGAAAAUUGAUCGUAUGAUGGAAGCUUUUGCUUCACGCUAUUGCCUUUGUAACCCAGGAGUUUUUCAGUCUACAGAUACGUGCUAUGUGCUGUCGUUUGCAAUCAUCAUGUUAAAUACCAGCCUGCACAACCACAAUGUCAGAGAUAAGCCAACAGUAGAGAGGUUUAUUUCUAUGAACCGUGGAAUUAAUGAAGGUGGAGACCUUCCAGAAGAAUUAUUACGGAAUUUAUAUGAAAGUAUUAAGAAUGAGCCAUUUAAAAUUCCAGAGGAUGAUGGAAAUGAUCUAACGCAUACAUUUUUUAAUCCAGAUAGAGAAGGUUGGCUGCUGAAAUUAGGGGGAAGAGUAAAAACAUGGAAACGAAGGUGGUUCAUUUUGACUGAUAACUGCCUGUAUUACUUUGAAUACACCACUGACAAAGAACCUAGAGGGAUUAUUCCAUUAGAAAAUCUUAGCAUAAGAGAAGUUGAAGACCCUAGAAAACCAAACUGCUUUGAGCUCUAUAAUCCCAGUCAUAAAGGCCAAGUGAUUAAAGCCUGUAAAACUGAAGCUGAUGGCAGAGUGGUGGAAGGCAACCACGUAGUGUACAGAAUAUCUGCUCCCACUCCAGAAGAAAAAGAAGAGUGGAUUAAGUCCAUCAAAGCAAGUAUCAGCAGGGACCCCUUUUACGACAUGCUGGCGACAAGGAAACGAAGAAUUGCAAACAAGAAAUAGGACUUGAUGGGUAGCAUGGAUACCUGCAUCCACUUCUAUAUGGUCUAUAAUGGAGUGUAAUGUAAACCUUGGGCAAACUAAAGGAAGACAGCAACUGUACAUUUAUAUAUAAAUAUAUAUAUAUAUAAAAAAUUAUAUAUAUAUAAUGUGUGUAUGUAUAUAUACAUGUAUACACACACACUUUACUAUGACAUAAAAUCUCGGCAAGACCUUUCAGAGUAGUUAUUGGCAUAUAAUUUGAAGUAAGCUUCAAAUCCCAGAGGAUAAUUUUCUUGGAACUUAAUUUAACUGACGACAUGGAAGCUUUGUUUCCACUUGUGUUAGUUGUAACUACAGUUGGCGUGGACUGGGAGGGAAAGAAUGGUAACAUAUCCUAUACCUGCUUCUCGAGCUCAGUGCCCAUAAAUGGGAAAAGCGUUUGAAGUACUUCUCUCUCAGUAAAAUGCAACACUAAAAACUGGAGUAGAGGGCAGCCUGGCACUUUUCUGUAGGCAGGAAACCCACAAUCUCAGUAAGUUUUCAAGUCUUAUGUCUUGCAGUAAAUGAAGCUUUCAUUUAGAGCACAUGAUCCACCUUCUAGAAGCAGUUUUUCUUCUUUGGAAGUGCAGCUCAGUGUCAGACAGGCAGCUACAUCAUUAACCAGUUGUGCCAAAGGGUUGGAGUGAAUGCACUGAAACACAGGCAGGUCCCACCAGCAAAGGCCUGUCUGCAGCCACGACACUGCAUAGAUGUGGUUUGGUAUUUGCCAGAAGGCAAAAACUCUUUCCAGUCUGCUCACACGAUAAGCGGUGAGAGUUAAUGACUGGUUUAAUCUGCUUUUUCUGUAGUAACAUCCUUCCUAUGUUUUAGAUAUAUUGUAGUUUAACUAACAGUAUUAGAGGAAUAAGGUAACAGAGCUUGCAUGAGUUGCAAGGGUUCAGGCUUUGCAUGUGAAAACAGCCUGAAAUAAUAAUUUCACAUGCACUUAAUGUUUUUAAAGGGAGAAAAGCCAGGCUAGCGUAUUCUUCCUGUAAGAUACAGCCCUAGUAGGUGAGCAAGCAGCACUCAUUCAUUCCUUUGCUUGAUAACAAACUUUGAACAUACCAAGAAUUUAUAUAUUUUCAUUACAUUCUUAGAAGAUAUUUGUUUCAGACUUGUACUUCAGUAGCUGAAGUUGAAAACACGAGUAGAUAUCCCUCUUUUUACCUCAAGAACACAACCUGACUGCAGUCAGCCCCUGCACAGUUUCUUACAACGUAUGGAAGCUGGUCAGGGUCUCGUGCUGAGGCGCGUUCUGUCACAGCACUUCCUGGUGGCAGUGCACAUAACAUUCUUGAGGCGCAGCCCCUCACUGCACAGCGAGGGCAGGAAGUUUCUUUGGAUCCUACUACUUCCAGCAGUGCUUUCAUUUUUCCUGUCUUGUCGACUCUGAGCCAUGUCUGCUGUGCCAAUGGUGAGCCAGUGUGAUGCCAAAGCAGUUUUGCUUCUUGGAUACACAACAGGGAAUUCUGCUGUAACACUAAGUUACCUUUUUCAAAUCUCAUUUUACCCUUAAAGUGCAGUUUGAUUUGUGGUUGCUGUCUUACAGAUUUGCAUUGCUUUGCGCAGGGUUUCAGCCUGUGACUGUUCUGCUUUCUUGCACGCUUCAGAACAAGGCUGAAACAGACUGGGGUCACCCUUCCCCAGAGCGUGUGGAACUGCAGGCUGCUUGGAUGAAUGCUCAGAUCUGAGUGAGAAGCAAAACUCAGCCAAAGGAGGUAGAAUCCCAAUACUUAUUAUUAGUAAGUAUCACUGUGGGCUAUCUUUGUUUAAUGAAAGCCAUUUGAACUCUAUGGAAAUAAAUGAAGUUGUAGAUGCUGUGUCUGCAAAGCAGCUGCUAGAAGACUUGAGUCUUCUGCUGCGCAACUUCGCCUUCUCCUUUGAAGCCAUGCACUCCCCAGCUGCAGCUCUGGAUGAGAUUUGUCACAGGAGCCAGUGAGUGCAAAGGUAAAACACAGCACAGUCUAUGCCCGGAGAAAUAUGAGAUUACCAAAACACUUAUAAGCCAUGAAGCACUUUUUUUUAAAUUGAUUCUUAUCUUCUGAGAUAUCAUCUGCAAGAAAGUGUAUUUAUUUAACCAGAUGAGGAAGUCUGCUGAUAAGCAUGAAGGAAAUGCCUUGAGAGUUCAUUUGCUGUACUUAGCUGGAAGUUCUUAUAUCCUGCACAAGUAAUUAUUCACAGUAACAGCUAUCUGAGGAUACUAUAGCAGGAAAUAUAUUAUUUUGUAGCAUUAAAAUGUGACAUCUAAAACAGCUACUUGCGGUGCUCAAUAUAGCUAUUUAAUUUACCAAAGCUAAUGGAAUGUCUUUCUUGUUUGCAAUGAUAUUUGAUUUUAAAUGGUGGUUGUUUUAUUUGUAACAGUAUUAACACGGAGUGAAACUGGCCCAGAAUUUCCACUGGUCACGAGGCCAGUAAAACAAAGUGGCUUGUGAAAGUUCAGGCCAAGUUCAGGUACUAUCCAUGAGGGUAAAGAAAAAUCUCUCAACCUUUCCCUUCCCGAUUGGGCCUCAAGUCCAGGUGUAGCUUAGCACAGCGAGCUGCUCUGUGGCCUAAAGCAAUACCUGCUAGCGUUUGGCCGUGCUGAGGAAAAGUCCCCUGGGAAUAACAGCCUUCUCCCUUCCUGUUGCACUGAAAGCUGUGUAAUUGUUCAGCUCUUUGGUUUUACCAUUGCCUUCUGAAACUGCAGGAGCCAGCAAGAGCCACUGCUGCUUCUGCCACACGUAUGGCCUCUCUGAAUAUCCAAACCUUGUGGCCAUUAACUUCAGCUAUGGUGCCAGUGCAGACUGGGGAGAGAACUGUACAUAACACUUAAGCUCAGCUGGACUGACUUAAAUUUUACAAUACUCUGACAAAGUAAGCUCUACACUGCUUAACAUCUUGAACAGUUUUAAACCGGUACAAAACAACCUUUAUAACCCAAGCAGCAUUUAUAAUGCUUCAUAUAUAAAAACAAUACAUAUUUUUUAAAGUUUAUUACAUAUCUAUGUAGAUAUGCUUGCUGGAAAAGCUGGGUCUGUUGUAGACCAAAUGCUACAAAUGAAGACUUGUGGCUUACCAGUUUCUUUUCUAUAUUUUCUUGGAAAAUGUUUCUAGUUAGAGUAUAAAUAUAAGAUGUAAAUGCUGUACAGAUAUGUAUUGAUAUAAGCAUUACUUGGUGUACACAAGUAAUUUGCAUGACAAAUACUCCGUAUCAAUCAUUGUUAAAAAUGUAAUGUUCUGUGUAAAUCCACUGCAAUAUUAACGUUGUCAUUUAUCAUUAAGACCUUUUGCUUAAACCUGGACAUUCUCAAAAAUAAAGUGUGAAACUAUA